AUGGACGAGGACGUCUGUCUCGUCUGCUGCGAGCCCCUCGAGCACAUCGCCAUUGGUGCAUGCAACCAUCGAGCGGUAUGCGCUCUUUGCUCCGUGCGGAUGCGACAGCUCGUCGGAGAUCUCAACUGCAUCCUCUGCAAGCAGCAGCUGGAGCAGGUGAUCAUCACCUCGGACAAGACCAGGAGCUUCGACGACUUCCCCAUGUGGGGAGACAUCUGCCGCGUGGAUGGGAGGGACCUGUCCUUCGACGAGCCCUCGCAGGCUUUCUUCCAUGACCUGCAAGCUCUUGAUCGCAUCUCCUCUCUUCGCUCCUUUGCAUGCGGCAAAUGUCCUCCUCCUCCUUCUCGAGGAAGUUUCGUCGCCAAGGACAAGAAGGAACUCAAGAGCCACAUGCAGAGCUUUCAUGGCGUCACUUUCUGUGAUCUCUGCCUGGAGCAUCGCAAGGUCUUUGUGCAGGAGCACGAGCUGCUUGAUAAGCAUCAGCUGAGGGUUCACGAGCGGGAGGGAGACCAGGAGCAGCAUGGCGGCGCCUUCAAGGGACAUCCUCUCUGCGAGUUCUGCAUGGCGCGAUACUACGACGACGGGGGGCUGUGGGGGCAUCUGAGGCAGGAUCACUUCCAGUGCUUUCUGUGUGACCGCGUCCUCUCCUCUCUCAACUCGGAGUUCUACCGCGACUACCCCGAGCUGGAGCAUCACUUCCGCUCCUCUCACUUCCUGUGCGAGGAGCCUGAGUGUCUGUCCCACAAGUUCGUCGCCUUCUCCACCCACGAGGAACUUCAGGCCCACCAUGCUGCCCAUCAUCUCUCCAACGCUCCUCGUUCCAAGCGCCACGUCCCCAUGGCUCUUCCCUUCACCUUCCGGCGCAGCGACCCUCCUCCCUCCUACCGCGGUCGAUCUCGACCUCCCCAAGCCUCGACCCCCGGGCCAGCGCAGCAAGCGACGAGCUCCUCGAUCUCUGACUCAUCCAACGACCUCUCGUUGCACCCUCGCAACUUUGCGACUUCCAACGACAAUGACUUCCCGUCUCUGCCGGCAGCUCCUCGAGUAUCCCCCCCGUUUCUCUUGCCCAGUUUCCCUCUCCCCUCCCUCACCUUGUUCGAGCGGCUGCUUGACUCUCUUGUGCUGCAGGGAAAGAAGAAAGCAGCUCAGCCUCGAGCUUCGCGUCCUCCGCCUUCCAACUGGGCAGGUGUCACUCAAACCUACACGGAAGGAGCCAGCGAGCGCAGACAUGCAAGAAGGGAUCGCAUGCAAACUCCCUCCUCCUCCGCUCUUGCCUCCUCCUCCCCUGCCAUCGCCUCUUUGCCAUACACCUCCGCGGAGGCCGGCAUCGACCCCCCCUCCUCUACUGCUCCUUCUACCUCUGCUCCUUCCAUCUCGAGCUGGGUCCCAGCAGUUGAGCGGCCCAGAAGGCAACGGACAGUGGGAGAGGAGCUGGGACAGGGGAGGUUCAACCGGCUCAAGAACUCCAUCCAACAGCUGUGCAAGGGCCGCGCGUCUGCUGAUGACUUCGUGCUGGAGCACGUGGAAGACAUCUCGAGGCUGCAGGACAGCGGCCUCCUCACCGCCAUGCUCAACCUGAUCUCCAACAAGGCUUCCCAACCUCUUGUGCUUGCGCUUGCCUGA